GCAUGGCUCACCAACUUCGACUUGGACAAACUGGGAAAUGUGUAGGUUACGACGACUUUGAACUCGUGGUGGAGGAUUGCUAUGACCCAAGUUCAACUUUGAAGCAUCAUUUCUCUCAAGAUUUCAAGCUAACACCAUGUGAUAACUGUCACGACACUGAGCUGAAUUUGCUGGACAUCUUAGAAUUUAUGAUUCGUAUCUGUAACUUCGGCGAUGCCAACACUGAACGUAAUUGGUCAGCAAUGAUAGAAAUGAGUACGUUUGGCCACGUCAUUGCACGUGGUAGGAUCGAACAGAGUGGCGACAAUUCCGGUCACUUCGUUGGAGAGAAGCCUGCCCCCUUUCCACUUUCCCUGUUCACUAGAAUGAUUACUCUUGAAGCUUACGUCACUCUUACUUCAAACCAGGUUCAUUUCAGCAUCACGGCUAUUUACAGCAAUCCUUCUGUAUACUUUGUUGAUGAAUUCUGCAGUCCACUUAUGACGUCAUUCGUUAUACCUCUGGUGGCAAGUGUGAAUAGUGGCGGAUUCAAAGAAUUUGAUGAUUCUAGGUCCAGUUUGCUGUGUAGGAAUGACUGUUAUAAUACUUACAACGGUUUAUGUGAUGAUGGAGGGCCGGGUAGUGAUUUUGACCUGUGCUGGUAUGGCAGUGACUGUUAUGACUGCGGUGCGCGGCCGGUAUUGUGUACAAAUGGCUGUGAAUUCCCCCACGAUGGAUUAUGCGACGAUGGAGGUUACAAUAGCGACUAUUAUGUGUGUAACUAUGGUGACGAUUGUGCGGAUUGUGGCGUCCGUGUGCCUGAGUCUUAAUCGAGUGGUACACGCAAGAAACCUGCUACAUUCACGUAUUGUCAAUUACAGAUGUCCAACGUGUUACGCUAUUGAAACAAAUACAAUAUAUAUUUUGAGUGCACUUCUGAAUUCAUAGUACCAUAAAAGAUUGUGUUUAAAGUUAUGAGUAAUACAGGCCAUACUACAUCACAAUAUUUCGUAAAUAGACAAUACUUGCAAAAUAAUACAACUCAUAAUUGCAUUAGCUAUGCAUCACUUAGAAACACUCAAUAAAGCUUAUCUUCACCAUUAAAAAGUGUAUUCACUGAACGUAACUAUAAAUUGUCUUUCACUAAUAAAACACAACUUUGAAAGAUAAAAA